AUGGUAGAUCAGCAACCUCAUGAUACAGUGUCCAAGCAAAUGGACGUUGAAACUGAUAUUAUCACGUUAACAAGGUUCAUUUUACAAGAACAACAGAAAUUAGCACCAAAUGCUACUGGAGAGUUGAGUUUAUUAUUGAACUCGAUGCAGUUUGCUUUUAAGUUUAUAGCACAUAAUAUCAGAAGAGCCGAAUUGGUCAAUUUGAUUGGUGUUUCGGGUACUGCUAAUAGCACCGGUGACGUUCAAAAGAAAUUGGAUGUUAUUGGCGAUGAGAUUUUCAUUAAUGCAAUGAAAUCUUCAAAUAACGUCAAAGUGUUAGUUAGUGAAGAGCAAGAGGAUUUGAUCAUAUUCGAUGGUAGUGGGAAAUAUGCCGUUUGCACCGAUCCUAUUGAUGGUAGUUCAAACAUUGAUGCUGGUGUUUCCGUUGGUACUAUUUUUGGUAUUUACAAAUUAAGAGAAGGCUCAGAAGGCUCAAUUAACGAUGUGUUGAGAAGAGGCACUGAAAUGGUUGCCGCUGGCUAUACAAUGUAUGGUGCAUCGGCUCAUUUAAUGUUGACUACAGGUAAUGGUGUUAAUGGUUUCACUUUGGAUACACAGUUGGGCGAAUUUAUAUUAACACAACCAUCCUUAAAAAUUCCUUAUGAAAAAGCCAUAUAUUCAGUCAAUGAAGGUAAUUCUUACUACUGGCCAGACUACGUUAAAAAGUAUAUUGAAGAUUUGAAAAAACCACAGGAGAAGUUAAAGGGAAAGCCAUACAGCGCAAGAUACGUUGGUUCUAUGGUGGCUGAUAUUCAUAGAACUCUAUUGUACGGAGGUGUUUUCAGUUAUCCCGCUGACACAAAGUCCAAGAAUGGUAAAUUGAGAAUAUUAUACGAAUGUUUUCCAAUGGCUAUGUUAUUGGAACAAGCCGGCGGUAAAGCUAUAAAUGACAAAGGUGAAAGAAUCUUGGAAAUCUUGCCAAAGGGAAUACAUGACAAGUCGGGUAUCUGGUUAGGCUCAACAGGUGAAAUUGAAAAGUAUAUCACGUACAUUCCAAAGUAG